GAAGGCCCCUUCUAUAGUACAUACUAAAUACCUUGUCCUCCAACAAGCAAGUCCUCAAGAUGUUCAUCGUAGAAGAUAAAGGGAGUGCGAUUGCUCUCAUGGGCGCCUCCCUCAUCUUCCUGGGCACGUGGCCGGCGCUGCUCACCCUCCUGGAGCGCAGGGGCCGGCUGCCGCAGCACACCUACCUCGACUACUCGAUAACUAACCUCCUCGCUGCGGUGCUCAUUGCGCUUACCUUGGGACAGCUUGGGGAGAGCAAAGAAAAUAUGCCCAAUUUCUUCACCCAACUCAGUCAGGACAACUGGCCUUCAGUGCUGUUUGCAAUAGCAGGGGGUGUUGUGCUCAGUGUUGGGAACCUUUGUACUCAGUAUGCCUGGGCAUAUGUGGGUCUAUCGAUUACUGAGGUUAUCGUCGCAAGCAUGGUUGUUGUAAUAGGCACAACCUUGAAUUACUUCCUGGACAACCGCAUCAACAGGGCAGAUAUUCUUUUCACUGGAGUGGCAUGCUUCCUUGUUGCAGUCAUCCUUGGCACUAGUGUCCACUCUUCCAAUGCUGCUGAUAAUAAAGAAAAACUAAGUGGAUCCACGAAUAGGAAAAAGGGAGGUACAGAGCCAAGCAGUCAACUUAUAGACAAAGAUGUUCUAGUGGAUAUUGAGAAGGGAGCUUAUACAGAAUAUGCCACCAGAGCUGAAGCAGGAACUGUAGAAUACCUAGUUGAGCUCGAACAGCGACGUUCAAUUAAGGUGUUCGGAUCAAGCACCCUUAUGGGGCUUGGGAUAGUUUUCUUUGCUGGUGUCUGCUUGUCGCUUUUCUCCCCAGCGCUCAACCUGGCAACCAAUGACCAGUGGCACACCCUGAAAGAUGGCGUCCCACAUCUGGUGGUCUACACUGCCUUCUUCUACUUCUCCAUCUCGUGUUUUGCCGUUGGUACCGGGCUGAACAUCUUGUUCCUCUACCGUCCAAUGGCUGGCGUGCCAAAGUCAUCCUUCAAGGCCUAUCUGAAUGACUGGGAUGGCAGGCAAUGGGCUCUUCUUGCCGGCUUGCUUUGUGGUUUAGGCAAUGGCUUCCAGUUCAUGGGUGGUCAGGCUGCUGGUUAUGCUGCUGCUGAUGCUGUCGAGGCGUUGCCACUUGUGAGCACAUUCUGGGGCAUUGUGCUAUUCGGGGAGUACCGAAAGUCGUCAAGGAAAACGUACACCUUGCUAGCGUUCAUGCUGCUCAUGUUCGUCGCCGCGGUAGCAACACUCAUGGCUUCAGCAGGUCACAGGAGCACAAAGUGAUCGGUUGCCACGUUAGGCGGUAUCGUGCUAUACUGCUAUUCGAGGAAAGAACCAAAGUCGUCAAAGAAAGAGUGCACUCUCGUCGUGGUCAUGCUGCUCAUGUUCGUCGCCGGGUGUAGGACUCAUGGCUUCAUCUGGUCACAGGCGCACAAGUGAUCGGUUGUCCCUUCCUUUCACAAGGCGUAGGAGUAGUAAAACUGGAAGGGA